CAGUACUUAAUGUGUCAUUGAGUGAUUAUGAGCUUCUAUGAAAUGUUUAGGUUAAAGUUAUCGGUUUUAACGAUGAUGUGGAGCCGAUUCAGUGUCGCAUAUAUUUGUUUAUAAAUUUUGCAAAGCAAAUUGUGCAAAAAAAUUGCCAAAGAAAAAUAACGAAUCGCAAAAUAAAAAUUAGCGUUUGAGGGUCCAAAAAUAGUUGCUAAAUAGCACUGAGAGAUAAAAUAUUUGUCAUCAAUGAUUAUGAAACACAUAUUUUCCUUCUCUAGAUCUUUAGCAUAUUACAGAUGAACUGUACUUGUGCUAUCUGGGCAUACACUUCACCCUUUUAAACUUGUCUUGCUUUUUGGUAAAUUGUUAAUACGGUAAAAUAAUGACGAAGUGGUACCUGGAUAGUCUCUGAUUUGUUUAAUUUAAAGUAUAGAUUAUUAUUGCUAUAGAUACUUUUUUGCCCGUAUUGACUUUUAGCUUUUUUCACAAUUAUGCAAUGGGUGCACAUUGCACUUUUGUGUCACUAUAGUUUCUGUUUACUCGAGAUUGCAAAGUGUUGGUUUGAAAGACUAAAAAAUAUAUAAAAGAGUUUAAACACUGCAAUGUAUCUUAGCAACUGUAUGGAUUUGAGUCAAAAGUCUUAUUUCACAAAUGCUUGUUUUCUACAUCAAUAAUUAAGUAUGUGCUUUGGUUUUGUUGAAUUCUGUGCUACGUUAUUACUACUCCGAUUUUUAUUUUUGUAAAUGUAAAGGGAAAAUUUAGCUAAAUAUUCUUCUCACUAGAACUGAAAUAGGAUACUUACACACAUUUUGGCAUAAUUUAUAAAUUCAUGUACAGUAUGUUACUGAUGACAGUCUUAGGGGCACAACAACAAAAUCUUUGUGAAUGUGGGAUCAAGACUGGCAGGAAAGAAAGCUGUGGUAUGAGGACAAACAAGUUUCUGAAUCAGGAAACUUAUCAAUCAAAUAUUGAAUCGAUCCGAAGAACGUUUCAUGACCAAUGGAUUAGACCCCCUCAGAAAAGGCAAAACCAAGAUGCGCUUAGUUUGAGUAAUAGUAGCUCACAAGCACCUCCUCGUGCCCAGGAGCCAACUUUUCGAGGACCAGAGGACGGAGUCAGAGGAAGACGAAAGCUUGCGAAAGACAUCCUGCAGAGCCUUAACAGUACACACAGGUCUGAGUUUAUAGCUGAUAAGUAUGGAGUUCGAGUGUCUUCAGAGAUGCCGAUUGAGGAUGGCAAGAUUCAGUUCUGUGUGGACAGAGCUGAAGUUCAUGAUCUGAAGAUGUUUGUGGAGAACACGGGUCAGGAUGUGGUGUAUUUCACAUACUACACAACCCUCCAAUGGCUUCCGUAUUUUACUCUGGAAGACACCAAGAAAGUCACACGCAACAAUCCGCAUCGUCUUGAACCACGUGAGAAGUAUGAGGUGAUUGUGAGGUUUAAGUCCAGUCAUGUGGGAGUUUAUUUAGCUAUUCUGGCAUUUGAAUUUAAGGACAGUCAAGCCACCUCCCGUCCCUUCCACAUUGUGCGCUUCAUUGAAGCUGUGUACAGGACUAAGCUUGCAUCUUUACUAGCCCCGACCGAGCCAUUUAAACCCAUAAGGCUCGACACCUUCGAACCAGAAAACUGCAGAGUGGAUGAGGGUGUUCGACCUGAGGAUUGUGUUCAGAACUUUCUUGAAACUGUUUUACCAUUGGGUCAUUACAUUCCUCCCCCCCACAUCCCCGAGCUGGCCAAGCUCCUGAAGGACAACUGUGCUUCUCCAACUCUUAAAGGAAAGUUUCAAGAACCUCAGUCAUUACUGCAGAGUAAGCUGGAGUUUCAAAACUAUGCAGAACGCUUUGACCUUCUGCUGUACCUGGAGGAAUGUCAGAUGCAUGUGGACAUUAAGAGAUAUAACAAAGACAAAAUCACCCUAGUGAGAGACAAAUGUGACAAAAGACUGAUGGUGUUAAACCUUCCUGGUGUAUCGGAGAAUCGUCCAUCAGUUCUGAGGGGAGAUCAUCUGAUUCUAACCAAGAGUGAAGAAAUCCAUGCAUCAAGUGUAACAAAAUACAAGGGCUUUGUCCAUAAAGUAGAACUGGACAAGGUCAAACUGGGCUUCUCAAGAUGGUUCCUUGAUAAUUUCAUAGAGAAGAUGAAAUUCCGUGUAGAGUUCACGGUUAAUCGUAUACCAAUCAGACUGGGUCACAGAGCUGUUCACAUGGCGGUCCAGCACAACCUCAAAGAUGUGUUAUUCCCUGUGGGAUCAAGGGACAUGUCCCCUUUGCCUCAACCUUCACUUCGCCUCUUCGAUUCAAAGCUGGAGUUUAAUCAUGAACAGUACAGUGCAGUAUGCAACAUUGUGGAAGGUGUGUCCAAACCAGCACCAUACUUGGUGUUUGGACCCCCUGGAACUGGCAAAACUGUCACCAUAGUGGAGGCCAUCAAACAGGUGGAGAAGAAUAUGGCCGAUGCUUUUAUUCUAGCGUGUGCUCCAUCUAACAGUGCCGCUGAUCAACUGUGUGAAAAACUGAUCAGCAGCCAACAUGUCGACAAAGGGAAAAUCUACAGAAUCUACGCCAGUUCACGCAACCCUAAAGACGUCCCUGUACAUCUAGUGAAUAACAGCAAUGUGGAGGGAGAUACGGUUGUUUACCCAUGUAAAGAAGAUCUAAUGUCCUAUAAGAUCCUGGUCUGUACUCUGGUCACUGCAGGCAGGCUGGUCAGUGGAGGUGUUCCUGUGGGUCAUUUCUCUCAUAUCUUUGUGGACGAAGCUGGACAUGCUGUGGAGUCAGAGACCAUCAUCAGUGUGGCAGGGCUACUGAACGCUGAGACUGGACAGCUUGUUUUGGCGGGAGAUCCAAGGCAAUUGGGUCCAAUUCUCAGAUCUCCUCUUGCUAUAAAUCAUGGACUAGAUGUGUCUUUGCUGCAAAGGCUGAUGACCCAAAAUGAACUUUAUACUAUGAAAGAGAACAUGGAAUAUGACAAACGCUAUGUCACCAAACUUCUACAAAAUUAUAGGUCUCAUCCAUCCAUUCUGAAAGUUCCUAAUGAGUUGUUCUAUGAUGGACAGUUGGUGGCAUGUGCAAAUGAGUUUAUCUCAAACCAAUAUUGCACUUGGGAGUAUCUGCCCAAAAAAGGAUUUCCUGUGAUUUUCCAUGGAGUGCCUGGGAAGGAUGAGAGAGAGUCAAACAGCCCCUCAUUCUUCAACACUUUUGAAAUUGACAUCAUCAUGAACUACCUGGAGAAGCUGCUCCUGACACAGGCCAAGAAGGGCAUUUCCAAAAUCUCCCCCAGAGAGAUAGGAGUCAUUGCUCCUUACCGAAAACAGGUGGAAAAGAUCAGGCGGGCCAUAAACGGACACGAGGAGAUCCAGAAAUGUAUGAGCAUUAAUGACCUCAAGGUUGGUUCAGUCGAAGAGUUUCAAGGCCAGGAGAGGAAAGUGAUCAUUGUAUCAGCGGUCCGGAGUAGUGGGAAGUAUAUCAGUUUGGAUGAAACGUUCAACAUUGGGUUUCUUAAGAAUGAGAAGAGAUUUAAUGUGGCUGUGACAAGGGCCAAAGCUCUUUUCAUCAUGGUGGGAAACCCCAAUAUUUUACGGACAGAUGCAAACUGGGGCAGGUUCAUUGAUUUCUGCACCGAUCAGGGCGGUUACACUGGGUAUCAGUUUUCCAAUGUAGAAGGAAUAGAAGAGAUUGAAGAGCGUCUGCUUGCUCUGAAUAUCCAGGAGACCAAUGUGGAAACAGAGGAGAGCAUGGUCCAGCAGCACCUGAGUCCCGAAUGGAGACAUGAACACUAGCAAAGUGUCAGAAUUUCUCCAUUCCACCCCCUUUUUACCCUAUCCUCUACUAAAGCUUUCAUGAAUGUGCACUUAAAGAUGUGAUAUUGAUAUGUACUGAAAGAAAUGAUGUUCAGCUGUUUCUAGUUUCUGUCUUAGUAAAGAUUUUAUCAGAUUUCAUUUGAUUUUAGGGUUUUUAAGAAUUUACAGAAAAUAUUAGGACACAGACAGUAGAGACAAGAAGAAAUAAAAUGAAGAAUGAUACAGAAAGAGAAAAAUGAUAUGAAAACAAAAAGUGUGUGAAAAAUGUGCAAUAUCACAGGAUUUACAUUACAAACUGUAAAAAAAUGAAGUAUCCUAUUAUUGAACUAUUAUAUUUAUACAUGAUUUACUCUGUAUAAUUAUUGUGUUUUCAUAAUUAAAAAAAUCAUUAUAAAAAAUAAGAGACCCCUUCAGAGAAAAACUUUACUACUUAUAGGUAUGUGUUUCAAAUUAUAAUUUUUGUUUCAUUUUUGAAAUCCUAACAACAUUUCUUCCAAAUUUAAAAUAAAAAUAUUUUUUGCUGUUUGCCUUUAUUUGCAGAAAAUGAAAAUUGAAGAAACAGGUCAAUAUAACAAAAGAGAUGCUCUGUAUUUUUUUUCAGACCUCGAAUACUGGAAAGAAAACAAGUUAAUUUCACUUUUAAACAGUAAUAUUUCUACAUAGGAAAAUUCUAAAUGUAAUUUUUAUGUGAUAACCUGAAUUUUUAUCACAGUUUUCAUGUGUCUUGUCAUUCUGUCAGUCUUUCACAUUGCCGUAAGAUGACUUUGUCACUCAUGAGGUUUGAUUUUGUUGAAAUUUAACAAACACUAGACUGGAAUGGACACAAUACAAUCUGGAAAUGCUGAUUUGAAGUGAAACUUUGCAAUGGUCUCUUCAUUUUCAUACAUAGAUGUGUAUUCACAUACAACUCUUCUCUUUUGGUAUGUAAGUAAUAAACCGCUGCUGUGCAUCUCUUUUUAAUUGCUGUGUAAGACAUAUAUAUUGUUGUAGCUUUUUGGGUACUCCACUGAAACACUUGUCACUGCAUCUUUAAUAAAAUUUUGAUAAAACUG